UUGGAAAACUUAAAAAUCUAUUUUAUUGAUAAAUUAUUAAUCUGUUCACAGAUCACUUAUCCGCUAUGUACUAUAGCAAGUACACCUCGUUUACCUGAACAUUGCAUAGAAUAUGUGAAACUAAUACAAUGGCCCAAAGAAAAUCCUUUUGAUUCUAACAUUGAUACUGAUGAUCCAGCACACAUUAGUUGGAUUUAUGAAAAAUCCCUUGAGCGUUCUGAUGAAUUUGGAAUAUUUGGAGUUAAUUAUCGUUUGGUUCAAGGUGUUAUAAAAAAUAUAAUACCAGCGGUAGCAUCAACAAAUGCUGUGAUAGCUGCUGCUUGUGUUACUGAAGCAUUUAAAGUGGCUACUAGCUGUUGCCCGUUAUUGAAUAAUUAUGCAGUGUUUAAUGAUGCUGAUGGAAUAUAUACAUACACAUAUGAAGCUGAAAAAAAGGAAGAUUGUAUUACCUGUAGUUCAUCUACAGCAAAAUAUCUUGAUAUUGAGGAUACAAAUGUACGAUUGGAAAAAGUAAUUGAAUUACUUGCUGAACACACUCAAUAUCAAAUGAAAAGCCCUGCACUUACUGUAGAGUUUGAAGGAAAGAGAAAAACUCUGUACAUACCAAAUGUUCCUUCAAUUGAAUUAAAAACUAGACCAAAUUUAAAAAUGACACUUGAACAAUUGGGUAUUGCUGACGGAUGUAAAUUAUUGGUUGCUGAUAUUACAAAUCCUAGGGCUUUUGAAAUUAUACUUAAAAUUAAAAAUAACUGUGAUCAUAUGGAAUAAAAUCAUUUUUUGAGUAUUUACUUUGAA